AUGCAUGUUUUUUAUCUCAUCCUGCAGGAUGAAGAAACACGUAAAGAUUAUGACUACAUGUUGGAUCAUCCUGAAGAGUAUUACAGGCAUUAUUAUCACUACUACAGCAGGAGAUUGGCACCUAAAGUGGAUGUCAGAAUAGUGAUUCUAGUUACGGUGUGUGCCAUCUCCGUGUUUCAGUUCUUCAGCUGGUGGAGUAGUUACAAUGAAGCUAUCAACUACCUAGCUACAGUGCCAAAAUACCGCAUACAAGCUACUGAGAUUGCCAGGCAACAAGGGUUACUCAACAAGACUAAAGAAAAAGGCAAGAACAGGCGGUCUAAAGAAGAAAUUCGUGAAGAAGAGGAAGAAAUCAUCAAAGACAUUAUUAAAAAUAAAAUAGAUAUUAAAGGCGGUUAUCAGAAGCCCAAGAUAUACGAUAUCCUUCUAUUUCAGAUCCUUCUCGCUCCUUUUUACUUGUGCAAAUAUGUAGUUUGGUACUGUUGGUGGAUUUAUUGUUUCACUAUUAAAGGGCAAGAGUACGGUGUGGAAGAGAAGCUGUAUAUCAUACGAAGGUACAUGAAAAUGUCUCAGUCUCAGUUUGACAGCCUAGAAGAUCAUCAAAAAGAGACCUUUCUUGAACGGCAACUGUGGAUACGAGAAAACUAUGAGGUUUAUAAAAGAGAACAAGAGGAGGAGUUAAAGAAGAAGAUGGCCAUGGAUCCCCGAUGGAAGAGAUAUCGGAGGUGGAUGAAAAAUGAAGGGCCCGGAAGACUGACUUUUAUUGAUGAUUGAAAGUUGCUCAACAAAAUGUGUGCUAAUGUUGAAAGUGAUUUGCAAAACUUUUCACUACAUCAUUCAGAGUUUUGUCUGCUGUGGCUCAGCAGUGAUCUAAAACUCAGGAAUUAUUAAAUCAGGCUGAAAAAUAAUACAGGUUUACCAUUUUUAUAAGUCAGACCUAUUAAACAGGCUCAGCUCAAUGUAUAUAUGCCAUUUACUUGGGGAUCUCAGUCUGGAAUUCAUUAUUCCAAACAAUGUAUUUUCUCUACAUAUUUCAUAUUCAUGAUCAAUGGAACCAUAACUUUAGGCUUUCUGAAAAUGUUUCUAGAUCAGUCCUUACAAGUCCUGUUUUUCCUUUCUAAACUGCAGAGUUCCUGCAAAUGGACACUGGAAGUGCUUAUAAAGGAUUCUGAAGCAAGAGCCAUUUUCUGUUUUCCUCUUUCUCCUACUUUUCAAUCUAAUUUCUAAGAUGCCAACCUGUUUUUUGAUGUAGACAAUAUGGGGAUUAUACCGGACUUCUUUUGCUAUUCCUGCUCCAGUUGGAAAUUAAUUUUAUUCUUUGUGGGAAUAAAUGAUGCAUGAUUGAUCAUCAUCGUGAUGCAAA